AUUUUUUUCUUCACCACUCAUCUAUCUUCCUCAAGAUUCCUUCUUUGUUUCGUUAAAUCAAAUCAAUCCUUCUUACGUGCUUGAGCUAAUUUCUAGUUGUUGUUUGAUUUUCUGGGUUUUAAUUUUGCGAUCGCUCGAUUCCAUGUCCGGAAAAGGGCUCUCUCCGGCGCCGUUCAACGCGCCGCCGAUGAUUGUUCAAGAUGCUGACCCGUUACGUUUCCGGGUCGGCGAACAGGACCCUAAAACCCGUGAAUUCGCGGCUUUUAUCGGCGACCACCACCGGUAUUUCGCGGCAGCAGCAGCCGCCGCGGCCGCAGCUAACCCUCACCCUCAUCUCGAUUUCAGGCAGAAUUUCUACUCGGAGAAACCCAUCAGCGGAAACCCUAACGACAGUGGUGGAUCAGACGGAGAGGAAGACGUUGACGUCGAAGAGGAAGACGAGGAUGAUGACAUAGACGGUAACGAAGGUGAUGGCAUGAACAAAGACACUGGUGAAGAUAGUGUAUCAGCAGGAGCUGUGACAGUGGGUGGACAAGACAACGCAGCUUACUACUCGCAGCAGUUUAAGACAAUGGAUGCGAGUUUUGCUUCUAGGCAUGAGGAAUCAUCAUCAGUCGCUGCAGAAAACGGGUGUGAUUUCAGCGGCCGAAGAGACCCUUCUUCUUCGAGCAAUUCGAUCGAGUCUUUGAGGACCAUUUUGUCUGAUCCUACAACAGGGGUAUUGAUGGUUGAUGCUAUGAUAUUGCCUUGCGGACACACUUUUGGAGCUGGAGGGAUAGAACAAGUAAAACAGAUGAAAGCUUGCUGCACAUGCUCGCAGCCAGUCUCAGAAGAUUCGAUAACCCCAAAUCUCACUCUGCGAGUUGCAGUACAAGCAUUUUGCCGAGAAGAGAAGUCACAGUCAAACCAUUCAUCUAAGCGAAAACGAGAAGGAUUUGAUCAAGAGAGACGCGCGUUUGGUGACUCGACUCAUACAGGUCGUUCAAGGAAUAAAAGUAAUUAUUUCCCUUUUGCUGUGGCAGAUCGAGUUAUAAUAAAGGGAAACAAGAGGACACCACCUCGUUUUGUAGGAAGGGAAGCUGUUGUGACUACUCAAUGCUUGAACGGCUGGUAUGUGGUGAAAACGCUUGAUAAUGCCGAGAGUGUCAAGCUUCAGUAUCGUUCAUUGGCUAAAGCCCCAGAAGAUCCAUCAGCCAAGGCAACGCCAAGCAAUAUGGUCUCUAACUGGCUCUGAACAAACCAACCUUAUUACAUCACUAUGAAACCGGUUUCUGUCAUAGGUUCUCUAUGUAAGAACCAAAAACUUAUCUAAAGAUCACUGUUACAUA